GAUAACCGCAGACCGCAGAGGUGCGGAAGUCCGCCUGUCUGUCCCCAUGGUCUGUCCCUAUUGUCUGUCCGUCUCUUUGUGGGCCGGGUCAUGAAACGUCGGGGGUGGGUCUCCUUCAGUAACCUCGCAGCUGGAUUUCUCUCUUCGGCAUCCUGGAGGCUGGUGGCUCUCAGCAACCAGAAGCACGUGCGUCUGUCCAGUCAGUCCGUCGCUAGCAUGGCCGAGGAAGCGAAGAAACUGGCCGCUUACGCCGCGGUGGAUAACCACGUCCAGAACAACCAGGUGGUUGGAGUGGGCAGCGGAUCCACCAUUGUCUAUGCUGUGGACAGAUUAGCUGAGAGAGUGCGACAGGAGAAACUCAACAUCGUGUGUGUGCCCACCUCUUUCCAGGCUCGUCAGCUGAUUCUGCAGCACGGCCUCACGCUGUCGGAUCUGGACCGGCACCCAGAGCUGGAUGUGGCGAUUGACGGAGCAGACGAAGUGGACGCAGAUCUCACGCUGAUAAAAGGUGGCGGCGGCUGCCUGACCCAGGAGAAGAUUGUAGCCGGCUGUGCGAAACAUUUCGUUGUCAUUGCCGACUACAGAAAGGACUCCAAGGCUCUGGGCCAGCAGUGGAAGAAGGGAGUUCCUAUUGAGGUGAUCCCCAUGGCGUACGUCCCCGUCUCCAGGACGAUAGCCAAGCGCUUUGGAGGAGAGGCCAUCUUGCGGAUGGCUGUCAGUAAAGCAGGUCCUGUGGUCACCGACAACAGUAACUUUCUCCUGGACUGGAAGUUUGAGCACGCUGAGAACUGGAAGGAAGUCAACACCGCGAUUAAGAUGAUUCCAGGUGUGGUGGAGACUGGGCUUUUUGUCGGCAUGGCUGAACGAGCCUACUUCGGGAUGGAGGAUGGAAGCGUGCAGGUUCGAGAUCCUCCAGUCAACUGAAGAGUUUGCCGUAUUCGCUGUCGUCCCUCCUCCCGAAUGACCUCACUUUUAAGUGCCGUGUUUCUGAUUUCCACCUGGUCUCGGACUGGGUUUGGACAGAGCUGCACCUCUUGCAGGACUGGACCAAACUGUAGCUGGGCUGUUUUCACACAUCUCAAAGCCAGAUACAAUUGAGGAUCACUUGGUCUUUCUCAUCCUGCAGGUUGUGUGUCUUAACACUGAGUUUUCAAGUGCCUGAUGAGUAAAAUCAAGUGCAUCAGAUAUGCUUAGUGGUUGUUGUUUUGUCCAGUCUGGCUGCCUGGUCUCACGGGGAAUGUUGGCUCUUCCUGUGAGUACCAGGUUUGACUAAAUGUCUGCAAAGUGCUGGGAAUCACUGCAGUGCCGCAGAAUGAAUCCAAGGUGUGCCUUGAGAUUAUAUGUUCAUUCAUAGCAAAAGAAAUUACGCUAUUAAAGUUACAUUUAACCCUUGUAUUGUCUUCACUUUUGGGACCCUCUUGUAUCCCUUCAGUCAAAUUGACCCCUGACUUAUUUGGGGUUUUAAAACAUUCUAAAAUAAAAUUUUACUGCAUAAUCUAGUAACAAAUAUUGUCAUUAUCUCAGUUUCAAGCAAUUGCGAUAACAUGUAGGUUUAGGGAAUGCAAAUAGUUUCUACUAGAACACAAUUAAAAUGAAAGUGUGAUUUGUUUUUUGUCAUAAGGUUUUAAUUCAUGUUAAAAAUCUAUGGCAAAAACAUAAGUGGUCAUAUCCAGAAUAAUUUUCUGAGCUGAGUCAGGAACACGUUUAUCACAGAAAAUAAGGUACGGCUGUUGAUUUUCAGGUAGAAAAAAUGUAACAAUGUAAUGUUUCAUUUCACUUCUUGUAUAAAUUUGAAAUGGGGCGAUCUGAUCCGAAUACCAUACAAGGGUUAAAGGUUUAUAAUCAUAUGUCCAGCUGUUGCCAUUUGCUUCUGUAGACUGCUGCAAAUAGUACAAGUCCACUCGUCAAGUGAAGGCUCAAGACAUUGUAAGCAGUCAGAAAGCUGAUAUGCCUUGAAGUCAUUUUGUUUAAUAAGAUCACAGAAUGAGGAGUAAUAUGAACUAUAUUCGACAACGUCAAGAAGUUAUACUUCAUAGAAUUAAUUUCUGUAAUUAAUAUGCUAAUUUAAACUGAAAGUUCCAAAAAGGAAUGAGAUCUUCAGUCAUGAUAUGGGAGCUCUUAUCCCUGGCUGUUGUAUUUUAGCAUAUGAUUGCCACGGUUGCUAUGUACCAAUGAUCUGAUUUCUUGAGAAGAUGAAGCUCAGUAAAUGUUUGAGUAUCAGCAGCUGUUCCUGUACAGUUACACUGGUCAGCCAGCAGAGUUCAAGUCCACAGGCUCACUGUUUCACAAAAAACCAAACCACUAUGUACUGUCAUGCAUGUACUUCUCUCUACAACAUACAGGCACACAGAAAAGAGCUCACACAGUGGAAUUGCGUUACAAUUUCCUAUUCUGUACACAAGCCAUCUGUGCCAUCAAUUUAAUUUUAAAUAUAGCUAUAGAGAGACGUGUACAACGUUUUGAGGUAAUGAUGAUGGGCACUUAUGCUAUAAAAUGGUCCCAGUCUGCUAACUGAUAUAGCUCGAAUCUGAACCAACAGCAAGUACAUCGUAUGUGCCUUGGCAGCCUGUUUCAUUCAGAUGCAGCUGGUCCUAUUGUUGGAACGCUGUCACUCAGAAUCAGAGCUCACUGUUGACAAAAACAGCAUCAGGUUUUAGGAAAGACAUUUCAAUAUAUAAAUGUAUCAAAAAUGCAGAAGUUAAAGACAAAAGAAAUCCUUAAGGUUGGGUUAAAUUAGUGUCCGGCUUCCAAAAAAACCCUCGAACGUAUUUCAUGUUUCAUGAGGUCAUUUAAAUAUGUUGAAAACAGGCACAACCAGCAAUUGUUAAAAAACUUGAAACUUGAUUUAUUCUUUAUUUCUUUACAAAUGUUUGAUAUAUUUGCCUUUGGAAUGCAGCUGUUCACUCUUCUUUUGGCUCACGAUGCCUUAAACUUAAUUUUUUGUUGUAUGUACAGCUGUGAGCGACUCAGGAGAACAUCUGGGAAAUGUAAUGCAAAUUUGUCUACAAGCCGCUGUUAUUAGGUACCGAGUCUACUUCUACUGUCGAAUGGACCGGGUGCAGCGGCCUCGGUGGUGUGUACACAAAGUGUAGGUUAACUGUGAUUAUAUUGCCCAGAUUGGGCCCGAUACAAGUUGUACAGCUCUUAUUCCUUUCUUUACUAAUUCACUGUGAUAAUCAUUUUUGCAAUUUUUUUUGUGAAUGUGCUAUUUUGUUAGUACACCAAUACAUAACUGUAAUGAGAA